AUGUAUCGUAAUCAUUUCGCUCGUUUACCUGUGGAAAUUAUAUGCAUUAUUUUUGAUUAUUUACCAGCUCACGAGAUCUUGCUGGCCUUUUCUGGUAUCAACCCAUUUUUCGAUACCAUAUUGUCUACUUAUUUAGGCUAUCAAUUUGAUUUUAAAUCAAUCCUGAGAUCACAUUAUGAUCUUGUUUGCAGUCGAAUUCCACCUAAUCAAGUCAUCUCAUUGACGCUAUCGGAUCUUGAUGAUACACCUGGUCAAACACAGUUAUUUUUUUCACGCUUUCGAAUAACAGACUUCAAUCGAGUUCGAUUUCUCACAUUGGUCAAUAUUGAACCUGCAUCAUGGAAACAUAUAUAUCCUUAUGUAAGGAAUAUGGAUAGUCAUCAUCGACUGAUAAUUGUAUCAACCAAUGUUGAUCUAUUGCCUUAUGCAGAGGUACUAUUUCAUUCCAGUCGACUACAAAUUAAUAUCGCUAGCCAAUUACAAACACAACAACACUUACCUCGCCUUCGCUCUUUAACUGUAUCACAGUCUUCGAUCGCUGAACUUAUGACAAUCUGUGCAUCCGCUACGCAGCUUACGUCUCUUAAAGUUCAUGAGAUAGUCUUUAACACAAAUGAUGAGAUGUUUUUGCCAGCGCAGCAAUUAAAAUGCUUAGUCUUGAAUUUAGGAGAUGUACCUGUUUCAAUGGAUCAAAUGAACCAUCUACUCUUAAAUCUUCCUCGUCUUAAGCAUCUUGAACUAUCAGCAACAGGAUCAAUGGAUCUUAUCGAUGCUCAACAAUGGGAAACGAUAAGUCGUCAACUUAUCACGUUCCACUUUGAUUUUUCCGUACGAAUUGUUUGGAUCGAACAAAUUCUUGAGUCAUUUCGCACACCAUUUUGGAUUCAAGAGAAACAAUGGUUCGUGGCAUGUACAUGGCAACGUCUAUUCUCAGUUCCAUACUUUGCAGACACAUGUGCGAAUACUUCUUUUCGGCCACCACUAUAUACCACGGCACCUGAAGAGACCUUAUUCUUUGAUUAUAUCGAUCAUUUCAUUGUAAAUAAUUCUUCUAUAAUCCAUCACCACUAUUUUCGUUGCGUAAAGACGUUAGAACUUCAGGUUUCCAACGCAAUCGAAAAAUUAUCGGCAUUUAUUGAUCUGAGCCAAGUAGAAACUUUAAUUGUUGCGUGUGUAAUUGAUGAAUCGACUAUAUCCUUUUUACUGAAAUCAAUACCUCAUCUACGACAACUGUCAAUAAAUACUGGACUUCGAAACUUUCUUGUACAAACCAAAAAUAUGCGUUUGGAACACAUUCGAACAUUGGAAAUCAAGGAGCCGCUAGGAAACGGUGAUUAUUAUAUUCUUGAACAACUAGGUCGACUAUUUCCAAAAGUGGAAGUUUUACGUGUGAAGUCAAUCUGGUGGAAAACAGGCAUUGCUCGUUUGAUUGAUAAUUUCUCGAACUUAUUAAAUGCAUCAUUUCGGCUUGAAUUAUUGACGGCAGCUAAUCAGCCGAAUCGACAGCUUGAAACAGAAAUUGCUAUGAAAAAAUCAAUGAUUGAUGAAAGCAGACGUCUGAAAGAUGAAAUGUUCACUUGUCAGCAAAGAUCUGAUCCGACAGCAGGUCAAAACCGAGCAAUAUUUUUAGAUUUUUGGUUUACAAAGAAUCAGAGAGUGGCUACCACGACGAGGAUACUAUUAUUAUUGGUUGUAUCACUUGCUCGAUUAUAA